GCCGUGGAUUAUCCCGCUACAUCUGCCGUAUUAGACAGGAAAUACUUCAAAAGAUCCAUAUCCUAUCCCGCUCAUUUUCAUAAUCUAGGAGUGGAUUCCGUGACGUGCAUGGCGCCUUACUUGCUGUUCAUAUUGUGCCGACUUUUAUCACCGCAUGGUUCGAUGGAAGGAGCAUGCACUUUCUGACCCUGCCGCCCGUUCAUUUUUGAUGUUCAGUGCCGGCUCAUUUUUUCUCUCGACUUUUUGCUCUAAUCUGCAUGCGGUUUGACGAGGAAUUGGGCCUUUUGAGUAUCACUUGUACAUCUUUUGGCUUGCACUGGAAACAGGUCCCGACUGCGGGACAUCAAUUCUUUUUUUAUUUCUUUUUUCUUUUUCUCCUUCUUCUUAUACGGCUGGUCUCUUAAAAGAAACAAAAACGAAAUUGCCUUGAGGCGUCGGGCGCAUCUAAAUGAACAUCUCGGCACAGCAGGAGGAAGUUAGCGCUGCGGCCCUGGCGAUGACAAAGUCGACCGCUACCCCCAGUUCACCCAGAAACCAACGUCUGCAUGACCAGGAUGCCUCCAUCAUUUUGGUGGGAUGCAGGGGCGCCGGAAAACGGUCUCUGGGCUUCAUAGCAGCCCUUCAUCUCCGCCGACGUCUAGUAACUGAGGACCAUUGCUUUGAGCAAAUCACCGGUGUAUCCAGGGCCACGUAUUUGCGACAACAUGGCAAAGAUGCAUUUGCACGCCAGAAUGCAGAUGUAUUCAAACGAAUGUUAGAUAUGAACCGCAACGGCUGCAUUAUCGUAUGUGGCAUGACGAGUCUCUCGGACGAAGCCCAACAUAUCCUGGAUCAGUAUUGCAGGUCGAAUCCGGUCGUAUAUGUCCAUCGUGAGAAGGACCAAAUGAAGAGGUUUCUGGACCAGUCGGAUGCGACGCAGAUAUUAGCUGCGGACCAGAGUCAUAGGCGCUGCUCCAACAUGGAGUACUUCAACCUUUUCGAUCCCUCCAGCACCAAAUAUGCGUCAAUCGACGAUACUGGGUCUCCUCGGUGGGAUGCCUUAUCUGCGAGCUCCUCGACCCUUGUCAACGCAAAAGAGGAUUUCACUACGUUUCUGGACUUGAUGCAAGGUCAGGGCUGGCGCCGGAAGUUCCUCGAGAGCCCAUUUUCCAUACACGCUCUGCCACCCGAGUUCAGACAAUACUCCUACGCUCUCAGGCUCCGUCUCUCCUGGCUAUUAGAAAUGACGGUUUUGUGGGAUGAUCUCGAAGCUGCCGGCGACUGUGUUGAGUUGAUAGUGGAUUGCUGGCCAGAUGACUUGCCCAAUGUCAUUGCCAAGCAGGUAGCCCUCAUAAGGAGGAACCUGGGCUGUCCAUUGAUAUUUCAUGUGGAGGAGAACCCAAGGAACCAGCGCCGUAGGGGCCAAGAAGAGAAGGACGCGGUGGAUGCAGACCUGCUCGAACUAGGCCUGCGUCUCAAUGCUGACUAUAUCAGUCUAGACCUGCAAAGGAAUUCGACUUUGAUAAAUCGGGUCUUGGAACGCCGGGGGAGGACAAGGAUAAUCGGCAAUUUUUGGUAUCUGGGAAUGGGGGCAUUGGCUUGGGCAGACCCGUCCCAACUGGACAACUUUGUACACGCAAAAUCCUUGGGAUGUGAUGUGGUCCGGAUGAUAAGGUUCUGUUCUGGCGACAACCCGGUAGAGCGGCUUUUGGAGCUCAAAGAGACGAUACAAAGGACGGUACCUGAUCCGAAACCACCUCUUGUCGCGUAUGACUUUUCGGUCCUCGGUGCGAGAACACCUCUCCAGUCAAACAUUCUAAUCCCAGUGAAGCAUUCGGGCAUGGACAACACAGACCACCUGGCCACUGUCUGCACUUACGAAAACUCUUUCAACCGACUCUUCACUCAGCUGAUGCUGGAUCCCCUUCGGUUCUAUGUCCUCGGCGCGAGCGUCUCGUACUCGAUCUCGCCAGCAAUGCACCAGGCCGCAUACGACUUCUCGAGGAUCCCGCACACCUUCCAAGCUGUAUCAUGUUCAACACUUGGGGAGCUUUAUCGCAUCUGCUAUGAUAGCUCCUUUGGUGGCGCUUCUCUGGCCGCACCUUUCAAGGUCGCCAUCAUGCCUCAGCUGAAACUCAAGAGCCACCAUGCCAGCAUCAUCGGCGCGGUCAACGUGCUUCUUCCACUUCGGGGCCAAACGGGCUCUAUACUCAGCCACGCAACCUCCAGGAACAAGGCUGGUCCCGUAAACAAUUUUUAUGGUGACAAUACGGAUUGGAGCUCCAUCUUGACGUGUCUCAAGCGCUCCAUUAGUCCGCGAAACUAUGUGAGGCCAUCCAAGACAACUGCGCUGGUUGUCGGGGCCGGCGGUAUGGCCCGAGCAGCCAUUUACGCUCUGGUUCAGCUCGGCUGCCGAAACAUUUUUAUACACAACCGUACACAGCGGAAUGCGUCUGAAGUAGCCGAGCAUUUCAACAGUCUUGUCAGAGAGAAGAAGAUCGCGACUACGCCUUCACAGCCCCAAGUCUGCCACGUUCUACCAUCUCGGUCGCGAGAAUGGCCUGAUGUGUAUGAGCUGCCGACAGUCAUCAUAUCCUGUGUGCCUGCAGUCAGUGCUGAUGACGGUCUGCCUGUAAACUUUACGCUACCUGAGCAGUGGCUAAGCAGCCCGACGGGAGGCGUGGUAGUGGAGUUGGCGUAUGAGCCUCUUGUUACGCCCCUAGUAGCACAGAUCCGGGCAUACCAGCAAUCUGUAUCGCCAUAUUGGGUACUGGUCGACGGUCUGGGAGUGGUUAGCGAGAUGGCGAUAGAAGCAUUCGAGCUGAUGACGGGUAGAAUGGCUCCAAGGAGACUGAUGAAGCAGGUUUGCAGAAAGGCAUAUGAUCAACAAAGUAGAGAUACAUCAUCGGUGUCGUGCGGAGGCUGAUCGGAGUUAGUAGCCUCGAAAUUAAAAAUGGUGAUCAAGAGCUGUGAUUGAUUAUUCUUUGUUUGGACAUGAUGAGAUUUUGAAAAGCCAGUUUGGUAAGAAAACCCAUCGAUCCAUUACUUUCACCGAUGAGUUACCCAAGACCAUCAAGGUAGAGGUGCCCUUUGCACAUCCCUC